AAGUGUGACAUCGUUUCGCGACCGCGGAAAAUGGCGCGAAGACGGCUUAAAACCGAAGGUUCAUCUAUCCGUGGCUGUCUGUUGUCCCUUUCACUGCGAACCGACCGCGUGGGAGGCCCGUUCGGGAUCUCAUAGCAAUUUCAACCCGAACUAGUCUUCGUUCGCGGCUCAGUCUCCGCCGGAGUGUCUCCCGUGGAUAAUCAUCUGUCCUCGCGAAUCAACCGCGAACCACGACGGAAGUUGAUCGAUAAUUUGCCGCAUCGACGGCUCCUUAAUCGAAUUUCGCGGAGCGAUGCGUAUACCAUCGAAAUCCAACGAGAAGUUGUUAAAGACCAACUAUUCGUACAAGAGUCACCGUUUCCGAAAGAGUCCCGAAAAGUGACUUCGAAGAGUCGCGAAAAUUGUAAACGGACACAGCGCUGAAACAUGUUUGCGUAACGCGUUUGCUCGAUCCGUCCUUCGACGAUCUCAACGGUGUUAAACGCUCAUCGCGAAUGUCUUCGAUUACCCGGCAGCGAACUGUCGGACCUGGCCAACUUCGACGUCGAAAACUUUGUGCAAGUUCGAGGAGCGUUCGCGGACUGAGCGGACGCAAGAUCGCUCGAGGGCGAUCGAUUCAUCGUCGACGGAUAACCGGAUCGGUGAUUUCCCAAGAGCUUGAAAACCCAGAGGGCAAGAAAUCGGGCGAGAACACCGUCUGAGAAAACACGAACGAGCAGCGAAAUAAUUGCAUCGUCUCGCGAUCGAUCGUUGGGCAAUACGUGCCGCCAAAGAAGAGAAAAAAUUGGGCCAGCGAGCCGGAUUUGUUGAACCCACUCGGUGAUCCUUUGUCGGAGAGAAAAUUGCCGGUAACCUUUGUAUCAUUGUUUUGAAAUGGCUCGGCGAAAGGUCGAGCCUGUGCGUCCCCGCCUCGAAGAAUAAAGGUUAGAGGAUCUAACUUAGAUCCUUCGCGACGAGUCUGAGACUCCUUUGCGCUAUCAAAACUAUAUGAAACGAUUGGAAAAUUACUUGGUAAAAAAUCCUCCAAGUCUUCUCGAAAGACUAUACUAUAUAUAUAUAUAUCUCAGUCAACGCGCCAAUUGCUAAUUUUUCACGAAUCAUUUCUACUCUUAACUUCGAUGUUCCGAUGCUUGUCGACGGAGGAGUAAUUCUACAAGCCUCGAUAAAUCAUCCCGACCACUGACGGACGAUAAGGAACAAGCUACUUUAGUUGCAUCGCUUCGCAAUCGUAUUGCGCAAUAUCCAAGGGAGAAGAAAAGUUGAGGCUACGACGGUUUGUUAAACCUAUUCACCGUUCCGCGUUCACGCUCAUUGGAUGCAGCCGCGGCCGUUCGAGCUCCUCUUCUUCCCUUUUCGUCCUCGUUCCAUUGUUACGAGCGAAUUGCACAACCGUAGCCACGAAGAAAUCUACGACGAAGAUUUCAAUUAAGCCGCGGUGGUUAGCAUAAUUGGCCUGCUCCCUUCUGCCAACCCGGAAAUUAUUGAAGACUCUUUCUGGAUUAACGCGGAGGUCUCGUGGGCAGUGCCAGUCCCGAUUCGUCGCGAGAAUCGAGUCUUCCUCUUCGCGUUACCGUUCGCGUUAGCGUUCUUCCGUUCCAGGAACGUCGCAUUUCACCGCGACCUGGUGUCACCCGGUACAUUUCGUUCACGGUCAAGUGCUUUUUAUUCCGAAGCAACAGGAAGCGGCGAGCAAUUUCCGCUGGAAGGCUCCAGGUUGGAUAUACCUCCAUUACGUAUGCGCGUCUGGGAAAUUUAAUGGAAUCGACGACCCGUCGUAAACAUGUGUGCCAGUGUCAGGCCCAAAUGAAGCCGAUGACUAUCGAACGAUCGGUACAGAAAAAAUUAAAUAGCGUCUUCAAUUUCUUUUGACAAUUUCAUGUUACUCGGUGAUUAAACCAUUCGACGUUAAAAAAUUGUAAAUUACUGACUCACGAUCGCAGAUUGUAAAUCUAUGGUACGUUAAUAGAGACUGAUUUGAAAUUGUGAGUGAAAAGAUCGAAAAUUAAAUAGCGUCUUUAAUAUCUUUUGACGAUUUUAUGUUACUCGGUUAAAAAAUUGUACAUUACUGACUCACCAUUGCAGAUUGCAAAUGUUUAGUACGUUAUUGCCGACUGACUCGAAAUCGUGAGUGAAAAUAUUGAAAAGUGCGAGAGAGAAAGAAAAUAAUUAAUAAAAUUAAGUAGCGUCUUCAAUUUCUUUCGACGAUUUUAUUUUACACGGUGAUUAGACCGUUCGACGUUGAGAAAUUGUUAAUUACUGGCUCACAAUCGCAGAUUGCAAAUCUAUAGUGCGUUAUCACAGACUGACUUGAAGUUGUGGGUGAAAAGAUCGAAAAGUGCGAGAGAGAAACAAGAAAACAAUAAAAAAGCGAUCGAUGACUUUGAAACUAACAUUAAGCACCGCAACCUAAAAUUAAAUUAUGAAAGACACGGAGAGUAAAAGCGAAGUAGAAACAGAAUCGCAGACACAAUAGCGCAUAGUAAAAAUAAUCACAGCAAGUAAUCACUGGCCCAACUCCGGUGCAUGAAAUUUUCUGUUCUCGCCCCAAUUACCUGCCGAGCUCUCGCGUGACUGUGGCCCGAGUUGCGUAAAAACUCGCGAACAAUGAUGGAGAACGUGUACGUGAUAAAGGUGAAAACUAAGCCAGCGUUGUCUUCCUUGUAUCCAUCGGAGCGUCGCUACUCGGCGUCGACCGUGGGCGGUCUGUCCUUCGUCCAUUUCGGCCUGGGCGCGCUGUCCCUUUUGCUGGGCAGCCUCGCCCUAUCUCUUCAAGGUCCCGUGCUGUCGGUAGCGUGUCUGGUACCGUUCGUUACGGGCCUCCUCGCAUGGCGACGGUGGUACAUCGAUCGGAACAUCGCUAUUUUCUUCUACGGGAGCCUGUUCUCUCUGGUGGCGGCGAUCCUCUGCUUCGUCGCCACGGUGUUCGACAUCGCCGCCGCGGCGGAAAACUCCGGUGGAUCCUUGUGGUCUCUGGAGAAGAUUCUCGAGCGAGGUCGCACUCGUACGAACGAGCAUCCGGGAAACAACACCUUGUCGAUCGACGAGGCCUUCAACUCGACCAUGGUUCACGACCUGGAACAGAAUAUUAAUUUCAACGGUCCCACGCCUGGAAUCAUACUCGAUCAUAUGUCCAACAUAUCGGGAUACAUUUUGAGGACUUCGAUCGGAAAUAACGACUCUGAGAAUUCUCGGGAGACGUUGAUCGAUUAUAAUCAGAACGAUAGGGAAUUCCUGGCUACGGGAGAUCACGAACAGGAAUCGAAUGUUACGGAGGAAUCCUUGGAGACGAUAAAGGACAGAGUGAUGACCUUUUGGCAGGAGAAUUAUCGCGAUGCCUCGCACGCGAAGAUUUUGCUCACGGUGAACGUGUUGGUGGCUGCUCUUUUGGAAGCCUUCUGGUCGGCGCUCAGCGCGAAGAUUGCGUUACGAGGGAUGAUGAAUCGGUUGCCCGAGUCCGGAUACUCGAACGGGUCGAACGAGCGAACGAACUCGGAAAGGAGAGCGAUGGGAAAGAAGAAGCCGCCGGCACCCAGACCGGACAUAUUGGAUCACGAUCGUAGAUUGUCGGAGAGCUUGCAGAAUCUGGACGCGCUGCACGGUCUGAGAAGCUCGGGGCCGGGGCUACCUUUGCCGGAAUCCAGCAGAGAGUUCAGGGAGAGGGUCGAGAGAUUCUUGACGAAUCAGGCGACGCACAGGAUCGUCGAAGGAUCGUGUUCUUGAGGCGGGCCAAAGAACAACGAAAUGCGUCGAAACACAACGAACAACUUACGGAGCGGUGUACCUUUGUGUCCAACAACGAUGACAGUUUCGUUUGUUAGUCCAAAAAAUAUAACUAGGCGAUACUUUGUAGCGUUUUAAUUUGAGCUUCGUUUCUGAUCUCGACACUUGCACAAACAGUAAUUAUUGGACUAGUGUUUUUCCUGAACUGUAUAUGUACUGUAGGAAAGCAUAUAAUUACAGGGUGUGGCAAAAAAUUUGACAUCUUAAUAAAAUACUAUAAAAAUUUUACUUUUUCACAAACACAAAUUUUAGCAACAUUUAUAAACAACACCUCUGGCUACAACGUACUUAAUUGGUUUCGAAGUAGCCUCCUUGUGCUUUUUCACACAACGACAAACAUUUUCGGAAGGAUUCGAGCCCAGUCUCGGAGCAACGAAUGCUCACAUUUUUUCAUUAGUGUUAGAAAUCUAAAAAAUGUAUGUUAACGCAUUAACCCCGGCGCUGAUAUUUGCGUUUCUCGUCGCGGGACGGCGCGGUGGUACACGCCAUCUGAUAGGCACGCGAGCGCGAACCACCGGUGGUACACGCCGCCCAAUGAGAGAGUCUAUCGCGAGCCACCGGUGGUACACAGCACCCGAUGAAAGGACAUGAAGGCGUGAACAUGUUAAACAAGAUCGAAAAUUCUGAAAAAAGCACAAUUACGUACCUUUUUUAAUGAAGAAUCGAUCAAAAAUUGUGAAAAAAUUUCAUACUUGAAGUGCUUUCGUGUUUGAAUGAAUACAACUUACAGGUCAAAUUUUCUGCCACACCCUGUAGAUAGCGCGGUACAAAAACUUUUCUUAUAGUAUACCGUUCUUGCUAAACAAUGAGAGGAACAAGCUUUUUUCCAAACAUUAAAUAACAAGACUCUUCCCAAUGUUACUAUUUAAUAGAAGAAAUGAUCGUAUUAUUAAAUAUUAUGUUACGUAAUAAUUGUCCAUAUUAGUUUUGCGAAUAGUUUUAAGAAACAUCGCGUAAAACCGCAAAUACGUAUUUGUCUGUAGACGGUAGUAAUCGCUUAAAGACAGUUUAUUCCAGUUAAUUUUUCAGAGCUAUCGAUCGAUCGAUUAAUCGUAGAUUUAUUCAACUUUCUAAUAAAUCCGUCGAUAUAGUUUAAUAUUUAUAGUAUAUUCGUUGCUUUCGAAACGUCCACUGAUGAAUGUAAUAAAACCUACGUUUUCCAGAACUUUAAAUAAUAAGGUACUUUUACUAAUUUACUAUACAAUAAACGAACCGACUGUAUUAUUGAAUACCAUUAAAUAUACCUAAGAAAAUCUAGGUGAGUGCGCCAAUUUUGAUUCACAUGCCAAAAAGCAAUCACCUAGCAGUUUUUAGUUUUAAUACUUGUGAUUCUUACAAUUGUUUUAAUUAUUUUCCUUUGGUCUUAAAUAUACCAAAACAUGCGCUAAUAUGAAUUAUGUGGAAUAUAUCCAUAUAGUAUACUUACUAUAAAAUUAAACAAUUGUAUAUUAAAAUAGGUAUUGUGAAAGAAAACCACUAUUGCGUUCUGUUCGUUAGAUCUAUGAUUUCGUACAUUCAUACUUAGUAUAACCACUUUCUACUGUGUAUACAGUCAGUUCCAUAAAUAUUCGUACCUUCUAUGUUUGUUGAAGAAAUUCAUCUAAAUUAAAUGAUAAUUUUGACGUCUUCAAAUACAUGUUUCAUUAUAAUAUAUGUAUAAAUGAAUAAACUUAACGCAUGUAUAUAUACUUAUAUAUAACAAAUUUAUUUAGAAAUAUCUAAACCGAUUGUUUAAGUUAGGCAAAUUUUCUCAAUAGUCAUACAGAGUCUUUUGUCUUUGUUUAUUUUAAGGUGAAUGGGAACUGUUGUCUCAUAUUUCACCACUAUGUGUGUUUGUUCUUUCCAAUUUUUCUUUUUCUUCUAAUGUUUUUUACUUUUUUUAGUUGCUUAUCUUAUGCUAUAUAAGGAUGUUCGAUACUUAUUAUUUGUUAGCCUAAGUGGUAGUCGGCUACGCUACUCACUGAUCCACUGUCCGCGCUAGACUUACGAAGCUGACUGUAUGUUACAAAUCAAAAGAUCAGCAUUAAUAUUUCGUUUUGCAUAAAUACAUGUGUUUGCGUCCGUUCACUACUUCUCGUGUGCGCCAUGCACGAUAGACGAAUAAAAUCCGCAGUUCGGUGACUCUGGUUAUACAGGGUACCCCUAAUUCAAGUGUCAAAGCUUUGGGAGAAUAUGGACCGAUAAAUUAAGAAAAAAAGUUUGGAGAAUUAUCGUGAAAAGGAAAGAAAAAAGGUUUCGUCUUUUCUAUUAUUUAUUUACACUUACUUAUUUCGUUAUCACUUACUUAAUUUAUAUAAUACGGACACUGUUCAAAUUGAUGACCUCUUGCUGCAAUGCAUGCAUUAAAUAAGUGAUAACGAAAUAAGUAAGUGUAAAUAAACGAGAGGAAAGACAAAGAAAUUUUUCUUUCUUUUUUACGAUUUUCAUCAAAACGAAACAAACAUACUCCCAAACUACAUGCUCCCAAAAUUUUGACACUUAAAUUAGGGACGCCCUGUAUAGUUAGCAAUUUCUCCCCGAAAUGAUUAAUUCCACGAUAACAGAGUCGUCGAUACUGCAAAUCACGUUACGCAACGAAAGUAAUAAUCAUCCAUGCAAACACUUGCUGCUAAUUUCCUUCGUUCGCGACUUCGUUAAUUAACUCGAAACGACAGACACGUAGUCGAGCAUACUGUAAAUAAUUUGUGUUUAAACAGCGCCCCGUGAAGUCGAACGCGAUUGCAACAUCGUCGGGGUAGACGGAGUCGAUUCGGACGCGCAAUUGGAUACAGUUAAAGAACGGUAGUUAUAUAUAACGAGUCUUCGUUCUACGAGAUUGUAUCACCCGCUGGAAAACACUUAAUUCCAAUUUAUUAUGUCUGAUCGUUACGUUCCUCCUUCAAUGUUAAUUAAAACGCUUCAACAGCAUCAAGCCAUUUCGAACACGAUCAAACAAAAUUAUUCAUCUUCAUACUUGUGGCUAACAUUUUGCAGUGAACGCGACUACACUUGUCCUAUAUUUACAACGACUACGUAAAAAUAAAUCUGAAAUAUCAGUUUGAUAACAAUGUACAAUGCGACACGCGAUUUUACGGUCACUUGUAUUUUUGAUCAUUAGUACUAGUGCAUUUAUGGUAGAGAUAUUUGUGCAUUUAUGGAAACUUUACUGUAUGUGCUAUCAUUCUAUAAAUAGUUACACGACCAUUAGUCAUAGUUCGUUGCUCCUCAAUGAAAUCGUUUGCAAUUUUUAGUGAUAUUACCUCGGUUUAAUACACUACUCAUCGAGUUAUACAAGAAUCCGUUAAGAUUCACUGGACUUAUAAAUAUUUUUUGAAAAUUUGGGGCGACACAAUUUUACGGUCGCUUAGUGAAAUGAAUAUAUAAUUUGAUGAAAACAAGAAAAUGUAACACAAAAGGUAAUUAGAACACCUCCAUAAUAUGGAAUAUAAUUCCAUGAUAUUAUCUCCAUAAUCUUCGUUUCGAUAAACAUUAAAAAAUAAAUAUAUAAAAAAUAUAUAAAAAAUAAAUAUAGUUAAAUAUUGAAUCAAUUAAUGUAACGCAAAAGGUAAUUAGAACACCUCCAUAAUAUGGAGUAUAAUUCCAUGAUAUUAUCUCCAUAAUACUCGUUUCGGCAAACAUUAAAAAAUAAAUAUAGUUACAUACUGAAUCAAUUAAUGUAACGCAGAAGGUAAUUAGAACAUCUCCAUAAUAUGGAAUAUAAUUUCAUAAUAUUAUCUCCAUAAUCUUUGUUUCGACAAACAUUAAAAAAUAAAUAUAUAAAAAACAUAAAAAAAAUAUAUAAAAAAUAAAUAUAGUUAAACAUUGAAUCAAUUAACUUUGAGGUAUCAAAGAUGAAUAAAAAUGAAUAUUACCUACCAUUGUCACAAAUUGUUCGUAAAAUUAAUUCGUCCUAAAAAUCUGCAACUUUCUGCAUCUUUUUAUCCUAUCGUUUCGUAUUGGGCUCAUUCAUUGUUAGCCGGGCUCGAACUUGAAUAGAAUAAUGAAAGAAUAUACAGCGAUACCUCGGAGUCGAGAGUCCCGUUUUGAUUCAACCGCUACCGAUCGAUCCAGAUUACGCGAAACUAUCGUUACGUACAAUGGUCUUUGCCUCUCGCACGCGGGCAUACGUGCCGCGAAAGUUCAACGAUUCGUGCAGCCUGUUGCGAAAUCCCAUAAUCUGAUAUUGGCCAACGCAGAGAGCGCGGGAGUUUACCAAGAAAAUCGCUGACAAUAGCGGGCGCCCGCUAUAGAUCUCGCAUACCUCGUUAAAUGGUUACCGGGGCGUGUUUCUGUGACAUAUCGAGCACGAUACAAUCGUUGACCGAGGAACGAUUAGCCACUACCACUUCUCCGUGUCCGUGUCUCUGAUCCUAGAAUGAGUUAUCUUGAGUUUCACUUCUGAGCGCACUCGAGACACUGGAAAAAUGUCAAUUUUAUUGGGCUAGAAUUAAGUAAAUUUCAGCGUAGAGAAUGAUCAGGGAUUAAUUAAAACGAAAUACUCGAAGCGGAACUGUAAAGCUAUACUUGUUUCAAAAACGUGUACGGGUAAGUCCAUAGAAAUCUUAGAUUUGCUAUUUUGCGUCUUUAUUUAAUGUUAUCUUCUGAUGUUUCAAUAUAUUAAUUUAUCAAUUUAAUUUACCAUAAUUUAAUCUAUCAAUCAUUUAUUUUAUCAUAUGGACGUUUUUGGUGGAAGGUAAUGAUAAAAACAAAUGUUUUCCAUGGGUUUCGUAAAAUUUGUAAGCUAUCUGAGAAGCCAGGAAGUCUUUAAAAAAUUAAAAUGUUAAAAAUUGCCUUGUGAGUUUGUUAAUUUUCAAAUAUUUUGAGAUAGCUGUAGGCUGUGUACGCCGUUAAAUUUUUUGACGUGGCAUUAAUUGGAAAAGCUGGCAGAUAUACAUAUAGUCAAUCUAAUAAGUAUUCGUACAGGAACCAAUUCAAAAUAAAACUGCAUAUAUUUAUUUUAUUAAUAAAUUCUAGGGGAAGAAAUAAUUUAGCAGCAUUUCUACAUGUUUUUAGAGUAGAAUUUGCGUAAAUUAAUGUUUAUUACUUUUAAUGUUAAUUAAAACGUUCUCUUAUUUCUUUUCUUAUUAUUUUUUAUUUUGGUAUUUUUUUAAAUUGGUUGGUGUACGAAUACUUCUUACACCGACUGUAUUUUAGAGUAGAAUUUCGGUAAAUUAAAGUUUAUUAUUUCGAAUGUUAUCAUCUUAUUUCUUUUCUUAUUAAUUUUAUUUUAAAUUGGUUGGUGGCCGAAUACUUGUUACACUGACUAUAUAUGUGAAAUGAACCUACAAAUCUCAUAUACAGUAAAGUCUCCAUAAAUGCACAAACUCGGGACUGAACUAGUGCAUUGUGGUAGAGAUAGUUGUGCAUUUAUGUAAACUUUACUGUAUAUGCUAUCAUUCUAUAAAUAGUAACACGAUCAUAGAAAACAUGUGACCAACUUUCAUUAAUUUUUGAAUUUUGGACUAUUUUCUUUUACGAAAUUUACACCGUCAAAUUUUGUUCAUUUCCGAUCCUUGAAGUUCGUUUAUCUUAUGAAGAGGAACCAUUCCCGAAAACCCCGAUUGAUGUGCCUCUUUUUUUCAGUGAAUUAGAGUCGCUUGAAAAUUUUAUCCAAAAUCGAUAUGAAAAUUUCAGAUUUACAUUGAAGCACAUUCAAAAUAAACUAUGCAUUGCCAGUCUCACAGUUGUGAACUAAGCUAUAUGGAGUAACGUUCAUAAAAAUAAAUAAUGCACCGUUCUUACGUUAAAAGAUAUUGAUAUUUGAAGCAAAUAAAUUCGUAUUCUGUAUCAUCAGAAAAUCGACCAACGAAGAAAUGAUAAAAAAAAUUCAAACACGUUGUACAAAGCUGUUUCGAAAUG